AUGGGUCAGUCGCAUUCCAAGGGAAACGCCGCGGGCGACCCUCUGCAAUCCUAUCCUUCCUUCUCCAAAUCCGACACCAAGGAGUCCCUUCGCUCAUUCCGUGGAUCCAUCCGGUCCAAAAUCCCCGGUGCCCGCAGCUCCGACAGCCCUCGGGGCUCCACAACAGCUCUCUCCCGAACCGAAUCUCAGACCGACAAAUCCGAUGCCGGAUCCCUCAAAUCAGUCGGAAGCCGCCCCAGCUCUAAUGCUGGUCUUCCUCAAACCCCCGGCUCCGAGCCCGCUUCGCGACCGGCUUCCCCUCAGCCACCACCGUCGCCCUCGCUCUCCACCAGCUUGCAGAGAGGCCACAAGGAUGUCAGUGCGAUGAAACAGAGCGGUGAGGUUGACCAUGUGUCCGAGGGCCCUCCCACCGGAGGUCCGCCAACUGGAGCCGCUGCCCCAGUUGUAGGUGAAUCCAUUUUGGUCAAACGGGAGAACCAACUGAACCCCAUUCUGGACUUCAUUUUGAACGCCCCCCUCGAGACCUCUGGGUCUCCCGGCAUGGGAAUGGGUGCCUUGAAGUCAAUUGAUCUGGAUGACAUGAUCUCGCGGCUUCUGGAUGCCGGCUACGCUGGCAAGGUUACUAAGACCGUGUGUUUGAAGAAUGCAGAAAUCACUGCCAUCUGCACCGCCGCACGUGAGCUAUUCCUAUCGCAGCCUGCUCUUGUCGAACUGUCAGCUCCUGUCAAAAUUGUCGGUGAUGUUCACGGUCAAUAUACUGAUCUCAUCCGCCUCUUUGAGAUGUGUGGGUUCCCCCCGGCAUCCAAUUACCUUUUCCUAGGCGAUUAUGUCGACCGUGGAAAACAGAGCUUGGAAACAAUUCUCCUGCUCAUGUGUUAUAAACUCAAGUAUCCCGAGAACUUCUUCCUGCUCCGUGGAAACCACGAAUGCGCCAAUGUUACCCGUGUAUAUGGCUUCUAUGACGAAUGCAAGCGUCGUUGCAAUAUUAAGGUCUGGAAGACCUUCAUUGACACGUUCAACUGCCUCCCUAUUGCCGCCAUCGUUGCCGGCAAGAUCUUCUGUGUUCAUGGUGGUCUCUCCCCCAGUCUUUCGCAUAUGGACGAUAUUCGUGGAAUCGCCCGUCCAACCGAUGUUCCCGAUUAUGGAUUGCUGAAUGAUCUCCUUUGGAGUGACCCUGCAGACAUGGAGGAAGACUGGGAGCCCAACGAACGUGGCGUCAGCUACUGCUUUGGCAAGAAGGUGAUCAUGAACUUCUUGCAACGCCACGACUUCGACCUGGUCUGUCGCGCUCACAUGGUGGUCGAGGAUGGUUAUGAGUUCUACCAGGAUCGCAUUCUGGUCACAGUUUUCUCCGCGCCCAACGUAAGACUGAAUUCCCAAUUUCUUGCUCAACUGCCGAAUCCCACUAACCUUGAACAGUAUUGCGGUGAAUUCGAUAAUUGGGGGGCUAUCAUGUCAGUCUCCGGUGAACUUCUUUGCUCCUUUGAACUAUUGAAACCUUUGGAUUCAACCGCCCUGAAGAAUCAUAUCAAGAAGGGCCGACACCAACGCAACAGCAUGCUGAACAGUCCUGUAAGUCCCCCUUGCUUUCCAGACCACCUGCCAAGUGAUCUCCCAUUACACCGUGCAACGCUCCCCAGACGAAUCAUGAAGCCUUGUGAUGAUCUAGUCGCUAACGAACUCUAG